AUGCCACCACCACCACCACCCACCAAACUCUACCGCCGCCUCGACGUCGUGGACGCGACGCCGGACGCCGCCGCCGAUGCCGCCGCCGUGCGCGCCUGGCUGGCGAUGCUGCUGCACCGGCGCUCGCACCCGGCGCCCGCGCGCGUCAUGGACACGCUGGCCCCCUGGUCCGGCCGCGACCUGCACCGCGCCUCGUACCUGCUCACGCGGCACCGCCUGCGCGCCGAGGCUGACGGCUGCCUUAUCGCCCGCGAUAUCGUGGAUGCUGCCAAGGUCUUCUUAGCUGACCAGAGGCUUUCGUCCCCCCCUCCUUCUUUAGCAAUCACGCCGGAAAGCGAGACUGCAGCAGCAAGGCUUGAAACCCCGAAGACUGCGUUAAGGGGGUGGGUGGUGGGGGAGGGUACAAAGCCUCAACCUGGUAGCUAG